GGCUACAUUUCACACAUGUUUUCUAGCUAACAGAUGUAAAGGUCGUGAAUAUAAUCAGUUUUGAAUCUAGAUGAGAAACCCUAACGUAAUAGGCUACAUUUUAAGUUUCGUUUCCUCGGUUCUUUAACGUUUCCGCAAAAACAGCUGCGACUGCUUUAUACAAGUGUGUGUGGGUCAUCAUACCUCCGUAAAUCAGCACAGAACGCUCUACAGCAUGAGCAGAAGAAGAAACAGAAAGAACCGGCUCUCUUGGGCCGAUGCGCGUGCGGUUGGAUUGGACUUCAUAGAACUGCUGGAGGAAACAAACAGGAGAUCUAUUACUGACAGAGCCACACUCAAAGACAUCUACGAUCGAGAGUUUCGAGACAGGGAUGGAGUUAAAGACCCAAACUUCUCCACAGUGCUCUUUGCAUUGAGAAAAGGCAACAAGGCGCGCAUCACCAGAUCAGGACAUGUUUACUUUAACAAUAAUGUCCGGUUAAGGUUGCAUGAUCAGUGGUUUAGAUCUUCUCGCAGACAGCAAAAUCAAGCCACGCCUAGUUUGAGUAAUGGAAACUCACGACCAUUCUCUAGUGGCCAGGAGGCCUCUGAUCCACCCUCUGAUCCAGGACAAGAGGGUGGAGUCAGAGGAAGGAGGAAACUGGCUAAAUACAUCCUACACCGACUAGACAGUAAAGACAGGUCUGCGUUUAUAGCUGAUAAGUGUGGGGUGCGGGUGUCCUCAGACAGGAAGAUCAUUGAUGGUGAGAUUCAGAUCAAUGUGGACAGCGCAGAGGUUUAUAUGCUGAAGCUGUUUGUUGAGAACACAGGGCAGGAGGCUGUGUAUUUCACCUACUACACCGCUCUCCAAUGGCUGCAGUGUUUCACUCUGGAAGACAGCAAGAGAGUCACACGCAACAAUCCACUCUGUCUGGAACCACGUGAGCAGUAUGAGGUGACUGUGAGAUUCAAAUCCAGUCAUGUGGGAGUUUAUUCAGCUACUCUAGCAUUUGAGUUUAAGGAGAACACCCAAGCCACCACUCAACCCAUCCACAUUUUGCGCUUCAUUAAAGCAGUGUACACGACUAAGCUUGCAGCCUUACUGGGCCCCACAGAACCAUUCAAACCUCUGAGGCUCAAUACCUCUGAACCAGAAAACUGCAUAGUGGAUGAGGGUGUUCCACCUGAGGGUUUUGUUCAGAACUAUCUGGAAAAUGUAGUGCCGCUGGGGCAAUACACUCCUCCCCUCCAUAUCCCUGAGCUGGCCAAGCUCCUGAAAGAUGACAGUUCUUCCCGGACUCUGAGAGGAAAGUUUCAGGAACUUCAGUCACUAUUGCAGAGUAAGCUGGAGUUCCAUAACUAUGCGGAACGAUUCGAUUUACUGCUGUACCUGGAGGAGUGUCAAAUGCAUGUUGACAUCAAGAGAUAUAACAAAGACAAAGUCGCCUUAGUGAGGGACUCUGACAAAAGUCUAGUGGUCUUAAAUCUCCCUGGUGUAUCGGAGAAUCGGCCAUCAGUUCUGAGGGGAGACCACCUUCUUCUUACCAAAAGUAAUGAGGUCAGUCUUUCAUCUGUAACAAAAUACAAGGGCUACGUCCACACAGUGGAACUGAAUCAGGUCAAACUGGGCCUCUCCAGAAGAUUCCUAGAUAAAAUUUUCAUAAAUAACAUGGAGUUCCGUGUAGAGUUCACGGUUAAUCGUCUCCCGUUAAGACUACAACACAGAGCUGUACACAUGGUGGUCCAGCACAACCUCAAAGAUGUGCUGUUCCCUGUGGGGUCAAGGGAUGUGACCCCUACACCUCAGCCUUCCCUGAAACUCUUUGAUCAAAAUCUGGAGAGGAACCCUGAACAGUACAGUGCAGUAUGUAACAUUGUGGCCGGUACGUCCAAGCCAGCACCUUACUUGGUGUUUGGGCCUCCUGGCACUGGUAAAACUGUCACAAUAGUGGAGGCCAUCAAACAGGUGGAGAAGAUUGUACCUGGUGCCUGUAUCCUAGCAUGUGCUCCCUCUAAUAGUGCUGCUGAUCAACUGUGCGAAAAACUAAUCAGUAGCCAACACGUUGACUCACGGAAAAUCUACCGACUCUAUGCUAGUACACGCAAUCCUAAAGACAUCCCUAAGGCUGUAGCUAAAAACAGUAAUCUGGAUGGUGAUUUAAUUGUUUUUCCAUGUAAAGAGGAUCUAAUGUCUUACAGCAUCCUAGUCAGCACUCUGGUCACCGCAGGCAGGCUGGUCAGUGGGGGGAUUCCUCUGGGUCAUUUCACUCAUAUCUUUGUAGAUGAGGCUGGACAUGCUGUGGAGUCAGAGACCGUCAUCAGUGUGGCAGGACUGCUGAAUGCAGAGACUGGACAGCUUGUUUUGGCUGGAGAUCCCUUGCAGUUGGGGCCGAUUCUGAGAUCUCCUCUUGCCAUUAAUCACGGGCUUGGUGUCUCUUUGCUGGAGAGGCUAAUGACACAGAAUGAGCUUUAUAAGAAAGAUAACAUGGAAUAUGACAAACGCUACGUCACCAAACUGCUUCUGAACUACAGGUCUCAUCCAUCCAUUCUAAAAGUUCCUAAUGAGUUGUUUUAUGCUGGGGAGUUGAUAUCCUGUGCAAAUGAGAUCAACUCUAACCAAUACUGCACCUGGGAACACCUGCCCAAAAUAGGAUUUCCUGUGAUUUUCCAUGGAGUGCCUGGGAAGGAUGAGAGGGAGUCAAACAGCCCCUCUUUCUUUAACACCUUUGAAAUAAUUAUCAUCAUUGACUACCUGAAGAAGCUGCUCCUGACACAGGCCAAGAGGGGUAUCUCUAAAAUCUUCCCCAAAGAGAUUGGCAUUAUUGCCCCCUACAGAAAACAGGUGGAGAAGAUCAGACGGGCCAUUGAUGCAGAAGAGGACCUUCAAAAAUGCAUGGGCAUUAACAACCUGAAGGUUGGUUCCGUGGAGGAGUUUCAAGGCCAGGAGAGGAAAGUGAUCAUAGUGUCAGCUGUUCGCAGCAGUGGGAAAUUCAUUAGUUUGGAUGAAAUGUUUAACAUUGGGUUUCUCAAGAAUGAGAAGAGAUUUAAUGUGGCUGUGACAAGAGCAAAAGCCCUGUUCAUCAUGGUGGGAAACCCCAUCAUUCUACGGACAGAUAAAAGCUGGGGCAGGUUUAUUGAUUUCUGCACUGAGCAGGGCGGUUACACUGGAUUUAAUUUUUCCAGCGUGGAGGGAAUAGAGGAGGUUGAAGAGCGUCUGCUUGCUCUUAACAUUCAGGAGGACAAGGUGGAAACAGAGGAGAGUGCGGUCCAACAAUAUCUCAAUCCUGAGUGGAGACACGAGCACUAAAUAAAGAUCCAUCCAGCUCAAGCCUCUCCAUCCGCAGCGUCUCAAACAGCUCCCUAGUUCAGUAGUCAAGGCACUGAUCAAGGAGUCAUCCAUUUAUAGGGCCAUUUAUAUGGCUGUCCCAAUAACAAAAUAGAUGCAGUGUACUGAAACGUUCGCUCCCAAAAAAACAAAAACAAAAACAAAAAUCUUCAGAAUGCACUAUAAAAAACAAGGAGCAUCGAUGCUCACCAUGUUUCCUUACCGGAAACGUCGUCAGGUAUUCUGAAGCCUUUCAAGUCGUUAAAAGACUUGCACAAAUGUAAAACUAUUAAGUCAAAGACGUUAUUUUCCUCUUUGAAAAUGAUGUUGUUUGUAAUGUAUUAACAAAUGCGAUGUUGUUGAUUAAUACCAGCAGCGAGCUUGUUAUUGUGUCACAGGUGGUCGAGUUAAAAGUGUGCUAAUGUUCAGUGGCCGAAAUCGCGUUCACGAUAUAUUUGAUCCAGGGAGCUGAUUGAGACACACAUAGACUCGAAGUAUAAGUUUGGUUUUAAAGAUAGCACCUACAUUAAAUCAUAUACUAAUAUGUAAAUAUUACAUUAAUCACAGGGCUAGAGUCUGUGAAAUCUGAAUGUUUGAUAAUGGUUUCAUUAGAUUAAGAAAAAUAUAUUAGCUGUCAAAAUGAAAUGGAUAUGAGCACAUGGCCGAUAAAUCACUGAUUUUGAAUUAUAAUCUGCCUUAUUUUUUCUUCAAUAAAACUAUCAAACAAAAUCUCCUAGUUAAUCUUAUACAUUCACAUUAAGAAAACAUCCAAUUGUGUGUGUGUGUGUGUGUGUGUGUAAAAUCAUCGUGGAAUGUGGCCAAAAAUGACAGUUGGGUUUUGACAUUUACAUUCCUGUUGUUUUGGGUUGUGCACCUGGUGCAUAAUGGUAAAUAUUAUAUGUCCAACCACAACACAAAUUCUGAAAACGCAAAUGUUAAUAACACUUUCACUGAAACAUUAUUUCUUGAUUAAAUAGUUUAAAAAUAAAAUCAGCAUCUUUCUUGAUGUGUGAUUGUAUAAUGAAUGUGUCCUCCUUUUGGCAGUAGUGUACUGCUACUCAAUUUGUUUGUGAUCACUGUGAGUCCCCAUUAUGACAAACUUCUAUCCCUAUAAUGUACGACCUGUUUGGAAUACUAGUUACUUUUUUUUAGCUGUGAAGUAUGUUUUUCCAUUUUUAAAAUACUUUCCAACUUUACUGUGCAGACAAAACAAGCAAGUAAUUCACAAGUUGAUGUGAUUUGUGUAAACACUUUUGUGGUGCCAUCCAUUGCUGUUUGUUUGUUUGUGCAGUUGACCGACUUCUGGCUCAACCAAUAGCUUGAAUUUGUGGCAGAACUACCGCUUUGGCCAAAAUAUGGCAGGGGGAAAAUUGCCUAAUUCUGUUAGGUAGUGCAAAAAAUUAGUCAUGAAAGCUGCCAAUUCCUCACACACACACAGUAUAGCACACCAGGUCAGCAUGACAGCCUCAGUCUUACUGACCUAAUUCAGUUUUUUUUGGGCCUACUAAACCCUUAUA